GUUCCUUUCCCACUAUGCCUCAUUCAAAAUGGAGGUCAUGGUCCGUGUACGUGCGGAAGAGGUUCGAUAUUGAUAAGUUUGCGUGCUUUCUGUGUCAUAUAUUUGCAGAAGAAUGAUACCCAACGAGAGGAAACAUCUGUACGUCCGGGAUAACUACAGAAGUAACGGCGGUCCUGCGGAAAGGUGGCUGGAGCGGGCAUAAAUCCGUUGGUUCGGCGGUGGAAGCCGGGGUCUCUGAGCGCCCGUCCGGGAGGACGGAACGCCUUGAUUCAAUUAGGGAUCAGUGACGCUUAACGUCGGCGUCUGUCUGGAUGUUAUCACGUCAACGUGAUCUGUUUAAGGCCGUCUGAAGGCCAGAAUUCCAUCCCACGCUGUUAGGUAACGUGCCUCUUAUCUAAUUGCGAUGACCGGACGCACAUGUAGAUAUCUGCUCCAGAAAGUCGGCUAAAAGGAAUUAGAGGGACGUGAUCAGCUUGGAUCCAUUAGGAAGACUAAAUCCUCAAUCGAUGUCGCUCGUGGACGUGGCGCCGUAUUGAACAGGAUUAUAGCACAGACGGCACGCCAUAACUCACGGGAACGGGAACCGACAGUCUGUCUGGCCGAGCGUUACGGUAAUUAUCGACGGCGAAAUCCGAUUUCACCCCCGGAGGGAGUUGGGGUACACGUACGGUGAUGUCAUGUCCAUUUCAUGCUGGCAGCAUCACAAGAAGUACAAGAAGAGAACCUCCCUAGGAUCCAGGGAUCUAUAGACUCCAAAACUUCGUGCCAUCGAAAGUUAAUUUGUGUUGGAACUACUAGUGGACGUCAUUAAGACUGGAUAUUGACUGGGAAUAUUUCAUAAGAGACCAGGCAACCUUCGGAGAUUGUUCGCCCAGACGUGAUGUCAUAUUUCUAGUGGAGUGUGAUAAAUCUAUGGUAGGCACGAGACCUCGAUAAUGCAAACAAAAAAUUUGUGUAGCACUCGCAGUCGUGCGUGAAAGACAUACCAUGAGCCUGAGAAUGAAGCAGUUUCGUCGAUUUUUCUCAGGAUGGCGGGUUCGGAGGAUGUGUGCUUUCUUCUUCCUUGUCAUCUUCUUCUAUUGCUUCAUUUUCCAACCGUUUUCCUACAACCAGCUGACGGACACCACGUUCCUCGGAGAAGACAAAUGCCCAGCGUGCUUUGGGACAGACCUCUGCGAAGAGUUUGAAAACGGCAAGAUUUUAUUCAAGUAUUCCUCGCGACUGAGAAUACUGGACAUCUUCAACAUCAAGAAUGUGUACUUUGCAAUGUACGAAGGGAUGGAUGUUGCCUUAAAGCGUCUUGGUCACAAUUCGGAGUUCGAUCAGUUGGACCGGUGGAUCUGUGAGACUGGUAAGGAAGGCCCGCAAUGCCACAUCCCGUCAGUCACGUACUACUCCAACUUUUCUCGCGUGAUUUACGAAGGGCUGUCCCCCAGGAGCAUGGUGGACAUGUCGGACAUGGUGAGAUGCCCGUCACAGAGGUUGAUUGACAGGGUGCUGGAGAAAUACGCGGAACAUCUCGGGAAGGAGCCGGAAGAACUCUCCUACCAAGAAAAGCUUCACUUCCUGUCUACUCUGAAGUUUAACCCAGAACCGCUCAUGUUACAGACUUUCCCCAUCACCGAGGGCUGGCCGUUCCCGUUCUACUUCGGUGCCUGCGGUCGACUGACGGUCGUGCAAAAGUGUGAAAAAACUCUGGGCAGCUACUACAGCGCGUCCUGGCUGAAGAGAGUGGACCUGGCCCUCCAGAUGAUGAAGAUAGCAGAAGAUCUAACAAACAAUGAGGCAGAAUUUGCCCUGUACCUGACAGACCUGACGUAUGACAAUUUCGGAGUGACGAGCGAUGGAAAUCUGUUCAUUAUAGACGUGGAGAAUGUUAUUGUGGUGGACAAACAAAAGAUAAAAACAGAUAAACCUAAACACUGGGACGCGAGGUACCAGUCUGACUUUGAUGAUUGCCUGGGCAUGUCCAGCUGUCUGUCAUUUGACGUGUCCGCGCUGUGCAGAUAUCUCCACACCGAUCACAACUACUACGCGGUUUGUCGGAACAUGUUGUCUGACUACGCCUCCGAGCGAGGGAAGCCGGGAGGGUUCCUGCACAGCCCGCCGGAAACCGUGGUGCGCGAGGGAAGGUUACAGCAACUCCUGGAGGAGUGCGCCCGACCCGAGACUCCUUUCGGCAGGUUUGACGCUGCAAAGGAACUGAUCGAGUUGUUGGGAAGCUACUUGAAGGAGAGGUAGUCAAAGAUUUGUCAGGAGGAUGACAGCUGAGACUGACAGUUUACCAGUUUUAACUUUUUAUUAAAUAGUCUUCAUCAGAAAUGACAAGAGAUGUACCACACUUCCUUUUAUAUACUCUUCUAUCACAGUCAGGUUGGGGUGCCCUGCCUGUUACUUAGAUACUUGCAGGAGAGGUGAUGGCUCAAAUCAGGAAGGCCACCAAAGGCUGUUACUUAGCAAUAAUCAUUCCCAGACCUUUAGGUGUCCAUCUCUGUUUCUAAAGCUCUUUGGCCACACAGUUGUGCAAGCUAGCACUAAAUCAGAGGGUUAGGCCACUGGUGAAAGGUCGCAAUACAAGGACGGUUCAAACAUGUUGGAUGCAGAACUCUAGAUCUAUUGAGAAAGCUCAGUCUGUAAUGUACACUAAACCAUUACACCGACUCCAGACAUUAAAACUCCCUAAGACAGAUGCCAAGUUGCAAACGGAAUCUCUUUUAUAAUGUUUUGUUUAGUUUUUAAGCAAUUUAUGAUGCGUGUGGAUGAUUGAUUGAUGUCUUCCUCUUCCUUUACUUAAAUUCAAAGGAUAGAUGUCAGAGUACUACAGGACUAAGAGAAUCUAAUAACUGAGAUACCCCAAACCUAUGCACAUCCUGAGAUUGUACAGGUCUCUAAAAGAUCAGUGUUUUAAGUCAAUGUCCCUUUAGAAAGGUGAAUACGUUUGUGAAUUUUGAAUGCUAGUCUGUACAUUGUUUCAAAAAUGUAUGUAUCCAUUUUAUUGUGUAUAGACAAUUGACUUCAAGUCAGUUGUCAGAAGAACAUGUAUGUUUGUUUAAGACUUCUUCAUAAUGAAGAUACAUGUAAUGCCACAAGACCCACAACAUAGUGUGGGUAACUGGAUUAUAAAACUGAAAUGAUGACCCUGUAGCUAUCGGAAGACUGCACAGUUUGAAAAGUUCAAUGGUGUCUGCAAUUGAGCCUGAGCAUGGGCCUAUGGGUUACUAAGAAUGUAGACAUAUAUACAUUGUACUGAUAAUACAGUAUUUUAUGUGAGUAGGUUAUAAUUUCUGUCCCAAGCUGUACAUAGUUGCAUUUUAUAUAUGUCAAGGGUUAUGUUUGUGGCUCGUCCUAUGAAUUAAAUUGAAGGAGAAAAAUCACUGACGUGUAACAGAAUAAACAAGUUAUUUUGGAUGUACAUAUU